UCCGCUGCACUCUCUCCAGGUCUGAGCUCAGCUCCUCAUCAUGUCGGGCUCCAGAAGAACUGUGGACGAUAUGAGGGUCAUGUUUCAGUCCUGCGAAGGCUUCGAUCCGCAGCAGACUACGGAUUUUUUCAACAGCUGGGCUGAGACGUACGAACAGGAUUCAGAGACAAUGAAGUACAGAGCACCACAGCUGGCCGUAGAUUUUCUGAACGAUCACUUCUGUGGAAGUCGUGGAGACGCUCAGGUUCUCGAUGUGGCCUGCGGAUCUGGACUGGCUGCAAAACUGAUGUUUGACCUCGGCUUCAAACACUUUGUGGGAGUGGAUGGUAGUAAGGGCAUGCUGGAACAAGCUGCUAAGAGUGGCCUUUAUCGGGAGCUCAAACUGGCCUUACUGGGAACAGACCCGUUGCCUGCACAGACUGGUGGGUUUGAUGUGGUGAUCAUUACUGGUGCUUUACGUGAUGAUUACGUGCCGGUCAGCGUUAUCAGGGAGCUCUGCAAAGCUACUAAACCAGGGGGCUACGUCUGCAUGUCCAGAGUGGACCCAAAGUCCGAGUCUGGAAACAAAUACAAAACAUCUAUGGAGCGUGAACUGCAGCUGAUGGUGGAGGAGGGCCUGUGGAGCCCUGUCGAUACCAAAGAGAUGCACAGAUACAUGAUGGAUGUUUAUAAUGAUAAAAGCAAGGAUGAGAAAAGGGAGGAAUUCCUCCAGGGAACCAUGUACCUGUACAGGAAGUCUCUUAAUAAGCUGUAAAAUUAGGAGUGGAGCCAAAAAUGUGAGCUUACAUAUUCGUCGAGCAUGUGCUGGUGUUAGCGUUAGAGUACAGGGUGCCUUGAAUGGUUAUUGCUGUUUAUUGGCGAUGUAUAUAAAUUAAACUGAAUUGAAUCAGAAGUCCAAGUCAAGUCCUUCUAAAAUCAAACCUCACCAUCAUGACAGUGUUAUCUAUGUAAACCUGUCAGCACAUAAACAACAAAGCUCAAAGUUUUCUGAGUUUUUAUUUCUUCCACUGGAUGUUUUGCUUAUGUUUCAGAAUUCUUCAGUAGAUUUCAGCUCACGAGUUUUUAAUGUCUCUCUCUUACAUCGUCUCUGGUCAACACUCAGCAUUAGCACACUGUCACAAUUGUUACCUUUAACAGGGCCCUUAAACAUAUCUGCUUCAAGAGCACAGCAUCAAGUAGCAAAACCAGUAUAAACCAGAAGUAGCAGGAAUUCGAUUCAACUAAGUUUUAUUUAUACAGCACCAAAUCACAAUAACAGUUGUGUCAAGGUGUUGUAUACUGUAAGGUAAAUAUUCCACAGAGGAAACGGAGAAACCCUAUGAGCACUUUGGCGACAGUGGGAAGGAAAAACUCCCUUUUAACAGGAAGAAACCUCCGACAGAACC